AAUAAAUAAAUUAUGAAUAGAAUCGCUAAUGGUGUGAUUGGACUUGCUCUUAAGAAUUAGGCUUGUUUCAGUGCAGCUAAGAAAGCCAAGAUGGAGUUGACCAUUAGAACUCCAUACAGAACAAUAUUGGACAAAUUCGAAGGUUUCUCAAGAAUAGUGGCUAAAACAAAUGAAGUAUUCGUCUAUUGUAAUAACCUCGCAAGGCAGCUCUCAUUAUUCAAAAUAGAACUCCUGCAGCAGUAUACAUAUUACCCCCUGGUCCUUUGAAGAUUAAAUUCACUUAAGAUGUCAAAGGAGUCACUGGUGACUUUUUGCAUUUGGGUGGCUAUGUGUUUGUGAAUCCGUAUUUAAUUUAAAUCUAUAUUAGUGACAACACUUGCGAAAUCAAUUUGAUGGAUGUAGUUGAUAGAAAAGAAGCAAAAGUCGAUUAAUUUGACAAGGCUGAAGUAAAAGAUGCUGAUACAGUUGCAGGAAGAUAUGCAGGUAAGAUUAGAAGAUCUGCAUAACGUACCUUUAUUAAAAAAGCAACAGCAUGAUAUUAUUAUACAUAAAUCAAAUAAAUACAUAUACCAAAUGGUC